CCCUCACCCACCCACCUCCCUUAACCCUGCUGUUGUACAUCUAUAUAAAACUAACAACUAAAAAAUCCUCCCUCUUGGGACUCCUGUGGCGCAAACAGAAUUCAAAACCAGAAAAAUCUCAUCUUCACCAACCAGAGACUCUGCAUUUCUCUAUUAAUGGUUUCCUGUGUGCUUCCCAUAUCAAAUGGUACGUAUGCAACCUUUAACAUCUCCUCAGUUCUCCAAAAACCCAUCUUCUUUCUAAUCUUGAAAAUUCAUUCACUCGGCUUUCAUGUAAUAGCAGCAAAAUCCCCAUCCAAAAGCAUUUUGUUUUCCUCAUAAAACCGAGAGAAUUUGAUGGUUGUCAACAGCUUAGCAUAAUUCCAGCUACAUUAAUAUUUCUACUCUUGGAGUUGGAGUUAAAUGUGUGUUUCAAAAGUAUAAAAGACAUUUGUGAUAAAGAUUAUAUUUUUAGCAUACCCAUCUGUCAAAAUGUUUAGCAUUCCCUAUGAAGCCCAGAAAAAAGAUGGAAGUUUGGCAUACCCACCUCCUCAGCCAUCUCUCUCUUCAUUCUCUGCUCCUUAUUACAGUACCAACUAUGAGAAAGAAGCAACCUCAACAUCAUCUUUUAGCAGAAUCAGUCCAGUACUUCUUUUGCUUAUAGUAAUUCUAGCAGUAAUCUUCUUCAUCUAUGGUCUUCUCCAUUUACUUGUAAGAUUUUUCAUGAAAGGGCCAUCUUCUUCAGCUAUUUAUCAAUCAAAUGGAUACCCAGAAACCUCUGGUUCUCGUGCUUUCCAAAGACAGCUUCAACAGCUCUUUCGCUUACAUGACUCAGGUCUAGACCAAUCUUCCAUAGAUGCUCUGCCUGUGUUCUACUAUGUAGAUAUAGUGGGUUUGAAGGAGCCAUUUGAUUGUGCUGUUUGUCUGUGUGAAUUUUCUGACCAGGACAAGCUGAGGUUGCUUCCUACUUGUAGUCAUGCUUUUCACAUGGACUGUAUAGAUACAUGGCUUCUCUCAAACUCAACAUGUCCGCUUUGUAGAAGGACUCUUUUGGGGCCUGGUAAUCAUAUUGAAAUUCCAGUAUUUAAUUUUAAUGUUUCCAGGGAGCUAUCAAAUAGGUUUCCUAGUGAUAGAGAGAAUGGGCUUUCUGGUACUCAUAGGCCAAUAACUAUAGAGGAAGAUGUUGGUGAAAAGAGGGUCUUUUCUGUAAGACUUGGGAAGUUCAGAAGCUUCCAUGAUGGAGUUGGCAGUGGAGAGGGAGGAGGAGAGAGCAGUAGCUGUAAUUUGGAUGCUAGGAGAUGUUAUUCAAUGGGUACAUUUCAGUAUGUAGUUGAUGAUUCAACUCUGCAAGUGGCAUUGUCUGAUAGUGGUGAUGGUGAUGGCAGUGGUGAUGGAAGUAGUAAUGUGAAGCUUGACAAAGAGAAAGGAUUCUUCUCCAAUUUUUCAGUUGAUGGGGAUGUGGAGAGCAAGAAAAUCAGUGGCUGUACCAAAGGUGAUAGCUUUUCUGUAUCCAAGAUCUGGCUGUGGUCAAAGAAGAGCAGAGUCCCAAGUUCUUCAAACAAUCGAAUGGAUCUACCGCCUUCUUUUAAUGUAAGUGUCCCAAUUAAUAAUGAAAAUCGAGCUGAAUAAAAUAUGUAUGACUACAAUUUUUGUGUUCUCUAUUGAUAAAUGAAUUAUUACACAUAUAAAAAGUCUGUUAAUGUUUGUGUUC